GGGGGGCUACAGGACAGGGGCAGGAAUCAUCUUAUUCUCCGCUUUUAAGCUACUGCUGCUUUCCUCUGCGCUCAGAUGUGACAGGAUAAAGAUGCUGAAGUUCUUCUCUGCCCGGGAUGACGAGAACGAGAGCCUCCUGGGGGAAGUGACGGAGGAUGACGGAGACAACCCAUCUCUCCAGGACUCCAAGCAGCAGUGGCUUAACAGACCCUGCCUCCUGGUCCUCAAAGAUGGAGACAUGACCAAACCUGGACUGAGCUCCAGUCAACUCCGACCGCAUUCUCCCUCCAAAGCUUCCUCAGAUGCAGCAAUCAGGAGGCAAGGCGGGCAAAACCCACUGGAGCAGCCCACCAAAGCAGCUUCCCAGUCAACGCUGGAGGAGGGCAGCUGCACUGUGACCACCAUCUCCACAUGGGGGGACAGCGAUCCGUCCAGCACCCUGGUUUUUAGCCCCGCCGAGGCUGCUUGGCCAGAGGAGGGGGAUCAGGUGGAAGCCAUUCAGCCUCAAGUUCUCCCGAUCAAAGAGGAGUCUGUGGUUGAGGAAAAGGAGAGGGAAGAAAGUGACCAGGAGCAGCAGGAGCAUUCCUGCUGCUCCGAUGAAGCUGCAGCAUACUCUACCGUUUCACAUGAGAAUCCGUGCAUCAAGACCAGGGAGUCCAAGAAGCUCAGAUCUAAAGGAGGAGAUGAGACGUGCGGCGGCAGGACCCAGGCAGCCAGCUGGGAAGAAGCAAGGGGGAAAAAUGCAGAUCCUUCCAUGGAUCCUGAUAAUGAAUCCCAGAUGAGCCCCUCUGGGUUUCUGUCCAAGGACCAGGACGACGUCCUGGGGGAAGUUGCUCCAGUGUGGGUUCCUGACGCCGAAGCUCAGGUCUGCAUGAAGUGUGGGACCAGGUUUACGUUUACCAAGAGGAGGCACCACUGCCGUGCCUGUGGCAAGGUUUUUUGUGCGCUUUGCUCAAAUCUAAAGUUUAGACUAACACACCUGGAUGGCAAGGAAGGGCGGGUCUGUGUGUCCUGCCAUUCGGCCCUCAUCAAGAGGACUCCUCCGAGAGGGAAAAGGAGGGUGUGGUUUGCGGACGACAUCCUCGGCGGCCAGCAGACUGAGUCAGCUCCCAGCACACCGGUGAGAGGGCUUACCUUCUCACCUCUGAUGAGGCGAGCGAUGGGCGAGAGUGCCAGGAGUCCUGCUGGUUCCCCGCAGAUCAGGAGAACCGUAAAACCACAGAGGACAACGAUUAACGAGGCCUGUGGUCCUAAUGGCUGGGGCCCCACAGCCUUAGUGAGCAGCUCUGCCAACCUCAUCCCCUUAGAUGGCCUGCCGCCCAUCCUAACCUCUACUGGAGUCAAAGGAGACUACACCGUGGAGGAAAAGCCCUCCGAGAUGUUACUCUUUCAAGAGCUGGAGAGCGGCCGACCCAAGCCACUGGUGUUCGUUCUCAAUGCAAACCUGCUUGCUAUGGUCAAGCUUGUCAACUAUGUUAACAGGAAGUGUUGGUGCGUGACAACGAAGGGGAUGCACGCUGUGGGCCAGGUGGAGGUGGUGGUGCUGCUUCAGUGUCUGCCUGACGAGAAAACCUUCCCCAAAGACGUUUUCAGCCACUUCCUCCAGCUCUACAGGGACACUGCGACCGGGAAGGUUGUCAGGCACCUGUCGCUCUUCCUGUUCGGCAGCCGGUUCUUGGAUAGCGAGGAGCACGCGGGCUUCUUGUACGUUCGCGCCACUCUCCAGUCCCUUCAAGGUCUACCUCUGCCCAACCAGCCCUACCUCUUUGGCCUGCUGGUCCACAGAGCCGAGGUGCCCUGGGCUAAAGCCUUCCCGCUGCGCCUCAUGCUGAGGCUGGGCGCAGAGUACAGAUUUUACCCGUGUCCGCUGUACAGCGUGCGGUUCAGGAAGCCCCUGUUUGGGGAAAUCGGCCACACCAUAAUGAGACUGUUAGUCGACUUUAGGAAUCACCGUUACAGCCUACCGUUAGUACCGGGGCUCACUGUGGAUCUAGAGGCUCAGAAGACUCUCAUAAACAUACCGACCACCGGGUAUAACGAGCUAAUGAAGGCCAUAAAUAAAUCCAAUGAGCAUGUGCUGGCAAUAGGGGCAUCCUUUAAUGAGACAGCAGAUUCCCACCUCAUCUGUGUGCAAACCGACGACGGCCAGUACCAAACGCAGGCAAUCAGCAUCCACAACCAGCCUCGGAAAGUCACUGGAUCAUGCUUUUUUAUUUUCAGCAGUGCCCUGAAAGCCUCUGCAGGCUGCCUGGCCAAGUCCAGCAUCGUAGAGGAUGGGCUUAUGGUGCAGGUCACCGUGGAGACCAUGGUGGAGAUCCGCCGGUCGCUCCGGGAGAUGAAAGACUACACCGUCACAUGCGGGCGCCUCGACCAACCAGAGGGCCGGGAGCUUGUUUGUUUGCAGUGGGUGGAGGAGAAGUGCGCUGUGAAUAAAGGGGUCAUAAGCCCCAUCGAUGGCAAAUCCAUGGAGUCCGUCAGCAGCACCAAGAUGUUCCAAAAGUCAGAACACAAAGAAAAUGGGAAGAUCAUCCGCUGGACAGAGGUGUUCUUCCUGGUGAGAGGCCACAAUCCCAAGAAAGGAGUGACCGACUCCGCCGAGCAGAGCCGGCUCACGGAGCGCAUCGCCCGGGCCUUUUGCCUGGCCCUCUGCCCCCACCUGAAGCUGCUGAAGGAGGACGGCAUGGCCAAGCUGGGCCUGCGGGUCACCUUCGACUCUCACGAGGUGGGAUUUGUGGCUGGGAGCAAUGGGCAGCCUCUCCCGGCUCAGUACCUCAAUGCCCUGGAUAGCGUGAUGAUCCCAGUCAUCCACAGCAGGGGCCACAAGAGAGGCGAACAGCCUUUAGUGAUGGAGCUCAUCUUUUACAUCCUGGAGGACAUCACUUAAAGCACGUGUUGCACGCUCACGCAUUCAGCUUCUAACUCAGACCAUCGCUCCAUAUCUCCAUCGAGAGCAUUCAUUUCCUUCAGACGACCAAACCUGGAUCUCAUCCAGAGCUGGCAGCCAUUUCAGCUAUUCAUCACAAGAUGGAAGCGGUCUGAGUCCUUGCUGAUCUAACUCCCCAGCUUACAAAAAAAACAAACACAUUGCCCUGCAUGAUGGACGAUCAGAACAAAGUGCAGCUGCUGCACUGUAGUUGGACCUCAGUAGCUUAUUGUUUUGACCUUAGACCUAAGCUAGGCAGCACAUGCCAUUUAUGGAGAAGACCUUCACAGUGGGAGCUGGAUUUAUUAACCCCAUGACCUUAAAAUGAUGACUUUGAGAGAUUUAUUUAAAAAAUAUGUUGCAAUUUUACACCUGCUGAAUUACUGCUUAAAGACUGUUUUCUUACUGCUUGGGUUUUAAUUAAAUAUUCACGAAAAGUUAAGUCUGCUUGAAAAUAAACCUGGAACAAUGAUUGCUCAGGAGUC